UACAAAACAUCUGGGAGCUUUGCGUCCACGGAGUGGCCUUAUAAACAGAGCUAGCGGUGCAGCGGAGAGGCCAGUCACUGGGUUCAGACGCGACCCUCCAGGAUGAUCUGCGCGCUCCUGCUGCUGCGGGCUUUUCCCCUUCUGGCCAUUGUGUCAGGUCAGCCCAACUACAUCCCCGACGAGCCCUGGGUCAACAGCUUCCGACAGGGCUUCAACUUCCAGUGCCCCCACGGAGAGGCGCUGGUGGCGAUCCGGAGCUUCUUCAGCGUCAAGGAGGGCUCCGACCGGCUGUGGACCUUCGAGUGCCAGCCGACGCCCGCUGGCCUCGGGGAGCCCACCGAGUGCUGGUGGGAUGACAUCAACCGGGCUGGGAUGGAAUGGACUUCGACAUGCACCAACAACGGACUGGUGGCGGGAGUUCAGAGCCAGUACUUCAGCGCGGUCCUGGACCGGGAGUGGCAGUUCUACUGCUGUCGGUACAGUCGCAGGUGCCCCUACUCCUGCUGGAAGACAAAUGAUAUUCCAGAAUACCAUGGAGAGGAGGGGGAACUUGUCGUCCCGACUUACGGCUACUUCAUCAGGGGGGCCCAGACUACCUUCAGCGGAGUGCUCAGGGAUCGGCAGUGGAAAUACAUCUUAUGCAGGAUGACAGAGUUUGACUGCCAGUUUGAAAACUUUUAAAGGCCUGUGGGUUAUGCUUUAACAACCAUUCAUAAUUUAGGAGAAAAAAUAAUGGUAAUCGCUCCUUUAACCAAAUCCACCUCACCAAACCUAAUGAUAACCCACCAAUGCUACCCAACAACCAAAACUGACCCCCACUGACUGACUUCAAGAGAUAACAGCAAUGUUCAGACUUGAUCUUGCAUAUCUAUGACAAUGGUGUGUGUGUGUAUGUGUGUUUGUGUGUGCACAGAAAUUUACAUUUGCUUUUCUUUUAUAUUUAACCUGUACAAUCUACCGCCUGUCGCAAUAUUAACAUCUGCAUUGUAAUCCAUUCUCAUUGUUGAUAGCCAUUUUAUUAUUUAGUCUGAUAAUUCUCACUCACUGGUCAAAUCUGAUACUGUUUAGCACCUUAACCAAUACCUUCUCUUCUUCACAUUAAUGAAUAUUGUUAUACAGCAAGUUAAGACAUGUCCCAUCAUGAAAUUUAUUAUUUUU